AUGCCAGCCAGCACAGUGCAGGUCGGGUCGGGUCUGCACACUAGUGUUUUUGCUGGUACUCCAGGCUACCUGUCUCCAGAGGUCCUGAGAAAAGACCCAUAUGGGAAGCCUGUGGACUUGUGGGCCUGUGGGGUGAUCCUGUACAUCCUAUUGGUCGGUUACCCUCCCUUCUGGGACGAGGACCAGCACAGACUGUACCAGCAGAUCAAGGCUGGAGCCUAUGAUUUCCCAUCUCCAGAGUGGGACACGGUGACUCCUGAUGCCAAAGACCUGAUCAAUAAGAUGUUGACCAUCAACCCCGGCAAACGCAUCACCACCGCAGAGGCCCUCAAACACCCCUGGAUCUGUCAACGGUCCACUGUAGCUUCCAUGAUGCACAGACAGGAGACUGUGGAGUGUCUGAAGAAGUUCAACGCCAGGAGGAAACUCAAGGUAACACUCCUCUUUCACUGUCCUCUGUUCUAAUCAGAAACUCAAGGUAACACUCCUCUUUCACUGUCCUCUGUUCUAAUCAGAAACUCAAGGUAACACUCCUCUUUCACUGUCCUCUGUUCUAAUCAGAAACUCAAGGUAACACUCCUCUUUCACUGUCCUCUGUUCUAAUCAGAAACUCAAGGUAACACUCCUCUUUCACUGUCCUCUGUUCUAAUCAGAAACUCAAGGUAACACUCCUCUUUCACUGUC